AUGUCAAACACAGUAAGGGCUAUUUCGCCAGACGUAACAUUAUAUGACAAGACGAUAACAUUCCAGGAGGUUUCAGAGAUCACGAGAGAAACUGUUAUUUACAUCCAUGGAGGAGCAUGGAACGAUCCCGAUAAUACACCUAAUGAUUUCAACCAAUUAGCUAACGUUAUCGAGUCAAUCGAUGUUAAGUCGAGUAUAUGUCAAUAUUCCAUAGAAUAUAGAUUAUCACCAGAGAUCACAAAUCCCAGGAAUCUAUAUGAUGUAGUGACAAAUAUUACAAGAUUGGUUGAAGAGAAAGGAUUGACAAACCUUAAUUUGGUGGGACACUCUGUCGGAGCAACAUUUAUAUGGCAGAUUUUGUCUGUUCUCAAAGAUGCUCGGGAAGAGAUGAACGAAGUUCAAUUACAAAUGCUGAAACUUUUGCAGGUGGUUAAAAGAGUAUUUUUGUUGGAUGGCAUAUACUCAAUAAAGGAACUGUUGGAAGAGUACCCUCAGUAUAACAGUUUCACGAAGUUAGCCUUUCCUGAAGGCAUACAUUUGUAUGAGGAAGAGCCUUUGAGAGUUAUGAAGUAUGUGAGAGAAGCACUUUCUCACUUUGAUAUUGAUAUGCAUAUGGUACAUUCAUACCGCGAUGAGUUAUUAUCAUUAAGGCAAACUAACUCUUUAAUAUCUUGUCUUCAGAACCAUCAAGCAAAGUUUGAGUUGUAUUUGGAUGACUUGGGUUUGCACAAUGAUGUCUAUAAAAAUGAUAAAGUUGCAAAGUACAUCUUUGAUAAUAUUUGUUGA